AUGGCGAAUUCUAAACCCCGUUUCGACCGCGCCGAUGAGCGCGCCCUCCUCGACGACCGCGGCUACUCGGGUGCCCUAAUCCGCGGCCAAAAUCCCGCGCUGCUCUUCGAAAAAGGCGUGCGCGAACGCAUUACCGAGUCCUACUACUGGAAAGAGCAAUGUUUCGGCCUCAACGCUGCGACCCUGUGCGACCGCGCCGCCGACCUCAAGUUCAUCGGCGGCACAACAGGCAUCACGGGGAAACCGACGCCCUUUUUGUGCCUUGCGUUUAAGAUGCUCCAGCUGGUACCUGAGAAGGCGAUUGUGCUGGAGUAUUUGAAUUUUGGGGGGGAUGAGGAGGAGGAAGACGAGGAGGGGGGUGUGAAGAAGGAGGAGGAGGAAGAUGGGGAUGAGAAACCCCAAGACCCCAACGCCGCCGGCAAACUUGGACAAUUCAAAUACCUGCGCUGCCUCGCAGCUUUCUACAUCCGCCUCGCAUGGGAGCCUGUCGAGAUUUACAAGACGCUCGAGCCGCUGCUCACUGAUUACCGCAAGAUCAAGCGCCGGCUCAAAGACGCGUUUACUCUCACGUACGUCGACCAGUUCAUCGAUGACCUACUCACGAAGGACCGCAUGUGUGCAACGAGUCUGUGGAAAUUGCCGAGCAGGGCGAAUCUGGAGGAUUUGGAUAUGUUGGAGCCCAGGGAGAGUCCAUUGGGGGAUGAGGUGGAUGAGUUGGAUGAGGACAUGAAGAGGGAGGGGAGUGAAGGGAGUGUGAGGAGCAGGACGAGGAGCUAUGAUAGUAGGAGUCGGAGUAGGAGCUAUGAUAGCAGGAGUAGGAGUCGGACUCGAACUCGCAGUCGUAGCUAUGAAGACGGAGAGAGGAGGAGGACGCGCAGCCCAAGUGAUCGGGGCCGUCGGGAUUCGACGAGUAGAAGUCGGACCAGGAGUCGCAGUCGAAGAGGGGAGCACAGUGGCGACGAGAGAUAA